UCAGUGUCUCUGUCGGCUGCUGUCUCCAUCUCAGAAUGAAGCCCUGACAGCACAAACACUUUCUUGAACGGAGACAUACGGACUCACACGCACAGAACGACAGACGUGAAAGAGAGAGAAUAAGAGAGAGAGAGAGAGAGAGGGAGAGGAAGAGAGAGAGAAAGAGAGAGGUAGAGACAGCUCCUUGCUCUGACAAGAUAAGCCAGAGGUCAGAGGUGACACAAAGGUGGAGGCGCCAUGGCGAUGGAAGGUUUCAGCGAGUUGAUUCGCCGGCUGAAUGAUGCACACGAGCGAGAAGUCGAAGGACUGAGAGAGAAGAUCCAGGAGCUGACCAAUAAGAAGGGAGGGGAUAGCAAGCGGAUGGAGGAACUGUUCAACAGGAACCAGCAGCUCAGAGAGCAGCAGAGGCUUCUGACAGACAACAUCAAACAACUGGAGAACAGGCUGCGGGCUGGGCUGUGUGACAGGUGUUCAGUAACUCAGGAUGUGGCCAGGAGGAGACAGCAGGAGUAUGAGAGCUCCCAGAUACAGAGUCUACAACACAUCUCCCGCCUGGCCGCGGAGGUGAGUGUCCUGAAGCAGGGGAACCGGAGUCUGAGGGAGAACCUGAGAGCAGUGCAGGAAGGUCAAGGUGGGUCCUCCUCCCAGGAUAUGAUCUCAGAGGUCAGACAGAGCCCUGACCUCUCACCCCCAGCCACGCCCCUGGUGAACGCAGGGUGCAAGAGCAGAGGGCUGCCAGUAGAGGGCAACGGCGCCAUGAAGACAGAGCCAGACCAGAGAGAUGCCUGUGCAGCUGAGGCAGAACAGAGUCACCAGUGUGGCUGGACUGGAAGGCAAUCUUUGAACUCCUAUAAGCCCCUCCCCCUGGCCAGAGAGGCUCCUCCCCCCUGGAGGACGGAGCUAGGUGGGGCUCCGGCGAGAGCUGUGGAGCAGAGAACCCAGAGUGUGGACACCAUCAGACAGUCGCCCAUUGCUCUCUCCAUCCCCUCCCACCUCCUCCUCCCCAGGAGUUCCCUCUCCUCCUCCUCUCUCCCAGGAGAGGACAAGUCCAGCCGCCACCAGGUCUUAGUCCCAGUCCCCUACUGGCCCCGCCCUCUGGCCCCCAGCCUCACCCUGCCAUGGCCCCUGGCCCCGCCCCCAGACUGGGCCCCCAGGGAGGGGGUGGUGGUCUCUCCCAGCCCCAAGCCCAGCUCCCCGCGUUUCCCCAGCCUGCACACCUCCAGACACCCCACCCAGGCACAGCAGGGUAUCCCAGGGAGGAGGUCCUCAGCUGGGCAGGGCUGGCCUCUCCACUGCCCCUCAGAGCCUGGAGCCAGCCUGGGGAGGGAGCAGGGGGAGAGAGGAGGGAGGGAGCAGGGGGAGAGAGGAGGGAGGGAGCAGGGGGAGAGAGGAGGGAGGGAGCAGGGGGAGAGAGGAGGGAGGGAGCAGGGGUCCGUGGAUGGGAAAGUGGCAGCACUCCACAGGAGAGAUACGGUACUGCACCUUGAGACAGCGUUGGGAGAGGAGCUGGGGAAGCCGGUGAUGACAGACGGGCCUCUGGAUCUAUCAAGUCGAGGGAAGUCCAAAACUAGCCAAUCGCCCCAAGAGAACAAGCCCCGCCCCUCCCUGCAGGAGAGGAGCAGAGAGGAGGAGAACCUGCUUGUAACCUCUCCCUCCCCCUCUCCCUCCCCCUCUUCCUCCCCCCGCCCCCCAACACCCCCCUCCUCGUCCUCCACCCCCCCUGCAGGCUCCUCCCCCUCCGCUAACCAAUCACAGCAGCAGAACCAGCAAAACAACAAGGGGGAGGGGCUUACAGGGAGAGAGGACCAAUCAGCAAUCUCCAAGGACAAGAAAAUCCCGGUGCUGACCAUCUCAUUACGACCAGUGGUGCUGCUGGACACUCUACACUGCAGUUUGAAGAGACAGGAUCAUCAUCACUCACCUGACCUGGUCAGUUUUCACUCUCUCUCUUCUAUCUGUCCAUCUCUUUUUCUCUCUCCUGUUCCCUCUCCUCUCCUCUUCCCU